AUGGAUAGCGGUCUGCCCAAUAAGGGAAUUCUACGGAAGUGGACAAACUAUAUAGCAGGAUGGCAGGAUCGAUACUUCGAAAUAAGUAAUGGGACUAUCUCGUAUUAUAAAGAAAAAGAAGAUAAAGCCUAUGGAUGUCGCGGGUCUGUAUCACUUCGUGGGAUAACCAUUGUGGAACAUGAAUAUGAUCAAAGUGCCUUUUCCUUAACUGCUGGUACAACUCAUUGGUUCUUGAAAUGCGAGUCUGUUGAUGAAAAAUUAACAUGGAUUAGACUACUAAAAGAUUUCUCAAAAGACUCGAAUGACUCUGACUAUAGCAGCACGAGUACCAAAAGCCAUUCCCGUAACCCAUCAUCCAUUUCUUCCGUCCUAGUCCGAGAUUCCUUAGAGGAUAACGAGAAACUCUUCUCAUCACGCAUCGCUGAGUUAGAAGCUUAUAGAACUAUGUGCUUAGAUCAGAUGGUUUCGGUUCAGAGAUUACUAGAGAAAGAGAUCGCUGUGCCAAAAGCCGAUCUCCUUUCCAUAAAAGCUACUCAUAUAGCUAUGAUUAAUAAUAUUAAUCAUAUUAUAGAUUUAGCUAAAACUGGAAAAGUCAGUAUAUCUGAAACUGGCGAGAAUAGCAAUGUCAGUACUUCCUCUAGUUAUAGCCUAUCGAGAAUUGCGGACGAUGGAGAAGAGUCUGAAAGUACCAUUCAGGAACCAGCUUCGACAAGUCUAUCCACAAUCGACGUGACAAGCGAAGGUGACGAUGAAUGGCAUGAUGCUGAUGAGCAUUCUUCCAUGGGCAGUAUCGAGCGUGCGGAAGAGGCUCGAGGCUCCAAAACGCCAUCGCCGGCGAACUCGUCGCCCACGAAAGAGAAGCUCAAAAAAACGAAAUCUGUUGAUACACGAAGGAAUCUCCCAUUUGGUCAUUACGAUGAUUUAUGCAUCCCAGACCAUCAUCCUCUUUUCUCCGACGUCGAUACUCUCGCCUUAGAGCAGUUAAAAUAUGCUCUGGCUGGUGUGGAAGAUAACAUAUGGACUCUAUUCGCUGAAGAUGGGGCCAUGAAAAUGUAUACGAGAGAAAUGCAGGAUGAAGGAGGAGUUCCAAUCGAUCCUCUCAAAGCUGUUCAUGAAGUUAAAGGAGUCACCGCUUUGGAAUAUAUGUAUCAUUUCUAUGACCCUAUGUUCAAAAAGACUUGGGAUCACACUUUGACAGAUAUGAGCGUCGUCGAAAACAUUAGUCGUGACACCGUUGUCCUUCAUCAAAAACACAAGACGGUGUGGCCUGCAGCACCCCGCGAAUCGUUGUUCGUUUCUCAUAUCCGUAGAGUAGAUUCCAUGAAGCGAGAAGGAGCUCAUGAUUUAUAUAUUGUUUGUAACAAAGAUGUUGAUCGUGAAGAUGUUCCGCUGGGCACACCAUCAAGUCUCAGAGUCAGUCUGUCUGUUUCCAUGAUAUGCGAGACAGUAAUUUUGGGGAACAAGAAACUAGAAGAUAUAACCCGUAAUGACAUCCAAUGUAACAUAAUUUAUGUAUCACAAGUUCAUCCAGGAGGAUGGUUACCUCUGGCGGCUCUGAGACGCGUCUAUAAGAAGGAAUAUCCCAAAUUCCUGCGAACUUUCACCGAAUUUGUCGUCAAAAGCGUCAAACACCAGAAAAUAGCAAUCUAA